UUGUGUCUUCUGCAAGCUUUGGUUGGGUUACCGGGAAAUACUCAUAGGACAGUGUAAUAGAAACAGUUUACAAUAUUUGUAGAAAUUACGGACUAUCUGUACUAAUUGUUUUCUUUUUUUCCAAAUAUAUUGAUAUUUAAUAUUAUUUUUAUAAUGAACAUUGAAGUAUUCUGGUAUAUAUUAUUAGUUAAUUUAAGCUUGUGCGUUUUGACAGUUUUAUGUGGGCGAGAUUUCUAUAACAUUUUAAAUGUACCACGACAUGCUUCAAAAAACCAGAUUAAAAAGGCAUAUAGACUUUUAGCACAAAAAAUGCACCCAGAUAAGAACAUUGAUGACCCAAGAGCUUCAGAGAAGUUCAGUGAUAUUAAUGAUGCCUAUUCGGUCUUGUCUAAUGAAGAGAAGCGGGAACUGUAUGACCGUUGCGGUGAAGAGUGUGUGAAGAAAGAUAGUGGGGGAAUGGGUGGGGCCGAUCCGUUUGCAAGUUUCUUUGGAGAUUUUGGUUUCUUUGGUGGUGGAGGUCAGGAGUCCCGAGAUACACCCAAGGGUGCCACCAUAACGAUGGACUUAUACGUAACUUUAGAGGAGCUCUACAGUGGAAAUUUUAUAGAGAUCACACGUAAUAAACCAGUUAUGAGGCCUGCGAAGGGUACUCGUAAGUGCAACUGUAGACAAGAGAUGACAACAAGACAGCUGGGGCCUGGCCGGUUCCAGAUGAUGCAGCAGACUGUCUGUGAUGAGUGCCCAAAUGUCAAACUCGUAAAUGAGGAACGGACACUGGAGAUAGAGGUGGAGCCAGGUAUGACAGACGGUCAGGAGACUAGAUUUGUAGCAGAAGGAGAGCCCCACAUUGAUGGAGAUCCAGGAGAUCUAGUUCUUCGAAUCCGGACGAUGCCACACAGGACGUUUGAGCGCCGUGGGGAUGAUCUCUACACCAACGUCACUCUGUCACUACAGGAUGCCCUGGUUGGGUUCUCCAUGGAGAUUGAACAUCUGGAUGGCCGUAAAGUGGUGGUGACAAGGGACAAGAUAACAUGGCCAGGAGCACGUAUCCGAAAGAAGGGCGAGGGAAUGCCUAACUAUGAAAAUAAUAAUCUACAUGGAACUCUGUACAUAACAUUUGAUGUUGAGUUUCCAAAGUCCGAACUUUCUAAUGAGGACAAAGAAGCAAUAAAGAAGAUUCUGAAUCAGAAUUCUGUGAACACGGUAUAUAAUGGACUCGGAGGAUUUUAGAUGUAGGGCCAGACCUGAGGGUCAUUGUACGUUGUGUACUGUGUGCACACAUUAUUUAUUAUCACCGGUUGACUGCGAGAUGUGACCGUAACCAUUUCCGAGAUAGCCGAGUCGAAGAUCUCAUUGUGUUUAACAGACAUUAUUUUAAUGUACAAACUUUGUCCACUGUCCUCAUGUGUUUGUAUUUGUUUAUCGAUUUUGUAAUUAUAAUAAAAGCGUGUUUGUAAAGAUGCUAAGCUCCUGUACAUAAUUUAUUGUUAUCAAUUGCAUAUUAAUUUUUCAUUGUACAAAACAAUAAACGUGUCAAAAAUC